AUGAUGACAUCUUCAUUGCUAUCAUUAUGUUUAAGUGGAAACGAUCUCGAGAGCUUGCAGAAUAACAUCAGCCAGCCUUAUCAUCUGAAAUGGCUUGACAUAAAGAACUGGAAGAAGCUAAAAUCUGUCCCAGUGCUUCCACCAAACCUCCAGCUUACUGGUAUAGCUUUAUGCGCAGUUAUAUUGUUUCCGGACAACCAAGAACAUCAAAGCAAUCGUUUCUUGGUGAAAUGCACUUGUGAGUUUGAAAGUAAAGAUGGGCCAUGUAUCAGUUUUACUUCAAUCGUUGGUGGUUGGAGCGUAGCAGGCGAUGAGCCACGCAAGAUUGAGUCUGCUCAUGUUUUUAUUGGAUAUACAAGUUGGCUAGAUAUCAAAAAACGCCACGUGGAGAACCAUGGGAAAGGAUGUAUUCCUUCUAAGGCUUCACUCAGAUUUCAGGUGACUGAUGGUGCAAGCGAGGUAGCAAGAUGUCAAGUGCUGAAAUGUGGCUUUAGUUUGGUGUAUACACCAAACGAUGUUGAUGAUAUUUCUUGGGAGACAAUUGGUGAUAUCGCUCUCAUGAAGAAGGAGAAGGACGUAGACGAUGGAAAUUCAAACAAACAUCCAAGAAAUGAUUAUAGCUUCUGGAAUCAAUUAAACUGUUGUGCGACUUCGAGAAGGGUUGAAUGUGAAGAGCUUGCAGAAGCAAACAUCUCCAGAACUUGUUUUCUUGAUUAA